AUGGAGCGCCUCUUUGCCAAAGCGCUGCGGCUGCUGCUGGGGCGCCUGCGAUCCGUGGAGCUCCAAACUGGGGCACAGCUGCUGCCCUGCCUGCCCUGGCGCAGGUUGUGGCGCAGCACACGCUACGUGCCUGGCCUGUGGGCUGCGCCGGAGGUCCUCGCCGAGCAAGCCAAGGAGGCGGAAGAGGAACAGCGCCAGGCGGCCAUCGACGCGAUGAUGAAUCCAGAGUGCGAUGAAGAGGACGAGGAGGUGGACGAGGCUCCAGAGAAGGGCUUCAAGCCUCCGAAGCGCGGGGCGAAGCCCAAAGAGGACGAGCCCUCCGACGCAAUGCGCGAGGAGCUGCGGCGCCAGCGCGAGGAACGCCUGGCAGCGCGGCAGCUGGAGAGGGAGGCGGGCAAGGCGAAGCCCGCCAGCAAGGAUCUGGCGGCGGUCCUGGAGAAGGUGGCCAAUGAAGGCGAAGGCAAGCUCUCCAACAAGGAGCGGCGUGUCUACGCCAAGCACUUGGAGAAGCAGAGGGAGGAAUCAGAGGAGCAGGAGGCGUGGGCGAAGAAGGCGGAGUUGGGGGAUGAGGUCCUGCGGCUGGAGGAGGAGUUGAAGGCCUUCACGGUGUCGCUGCCAAGUGCAGGGCUCGCGCCAGGAGCGGUGGACCUGCAUCUGGACCGCUUCUCCAUUUCGGCAGGCGGCCAGCGGCUCUUCGACGACGCCAGCCUGCACUUGGCGAAGGGCCGGCGCUACGGCCUCCUGGGCCCCAACGGCCAAGGGAAGACCUCCCUCUUGCGGCACCUGGCAGCGCGAAGGCUGCCAGUCCCGGAGCACUGGAGCAUCACGCUGGUGCAGCAGGAGGCCGAGGCCACGGACCUCCCGGUGGUGGAUGAGGUCAUCUCCGCAGACCAGCGGCGGCGCAAGUUGCUGGCCGAGGAGGCGCAGCUCUUGACCAAGCUGGAGGCGAGUGACGACGUGGAGGCUUCUGAGCUGCAGCAGCUCUGCGACAAGCUGUCUUCAGUGGCGCAAGACCUGGAGGCAGCGGGAGCAGAGGCGGCUGAGGCGAGAGUGAGGAAGAUUCUUUGCGGCCUCGGCUUCACAGUGGAGAUGAUGGAUGGCCCAGUGAAUGUUCUGUCGGGCGGCUGGAGGAUGCGCGUGUCCCUGGCGAAGGCGCUCUUCCUAGAGCCCGACCUUUUGCUGCUGGACGAGCCAACCAAUCACCUGGACCUGGAUGCUGUGCUCUGGCUGGACGAAUACCUCAGCGAGUACCCCAAGACCCUGCUGGUCGUCUCCCACGAUGCCGACUUCUUGGACUCGGUGUGCACCGACGUCGUCCACCUCGAGGAGAAGAAGCUGAUCCAGUACAAGGGGGGCUACACAGAGUUCCGGAGGGGACAUGCCGCCCGCGUGCGCGAGCGCGAGAAGGAGUUCAAGAAGCAGCAGGAGGACAAGAAGGCUGGAAAGAAGGUGCACCAGGAUGAGAUGGUGGAGAAGAUCAAAGACUACGUCGUGAAGUUCCGCUUCUUGCCACCUGUGGGUGGUGAUCGAGGCGGAAUAUCUGUCCAUGAUGUGGACUUCAGUUACACAGGCAAGAAGCCCUGGUUGCUGCACGGCCUCAACUUCCGAGUCGACGCAGCUACGCGAGUGGCAGUGGUCGGGCCCAACGGAGCAGGCAAGUCCACACUGCUGAACCUCCUGGCCAAGUUGCAGGAGCCCUGCCAGGGCGAAGUGGUGCACUCCCGGGGCUUGACGGUUUGCCGCUACUCUCAGCACUUCGACGAGAUCGCGCCGGCGCUGCGGCUCUCCGCGGUGGAGUUCCUGACCUCGCCGGAGCUCCGGCGCUUUGGUGCUGGCACCGAGAACCCUGAGCUGGCGCACAAAUGCCUGGGACAGUUCGGACUGCCGUCGCACGCCCAUAAGCGGCCGAUGGAGCAGCUGUCCGGGGGGCAGAAGGCCCGGGUCUGCUUUGCCAGCAUCACCUGCAGGCGAGCGGAGAGCGGAGAGCGGAGAGCGGAUAGCACUGCCGGAAGGAAGAUGCGGCUGGACAUUUGGCCAAAACUUCCUUCGGCCAGAAAGCCGGAGAUUCUCAUCUUGGAUGAGCCGCCGGGCCCCCGAGCGCGCGCCAGUCCACCUCUUGGAACUUCUGAAACCGCAGCCUUGCUCGAGACGUCCUCGUUGCAUUUGAAGCCGCCGUGCCCAUGGCAUCAGGAGCUGGGCAUUGAUGCUGAAAUCUUCGACAAGGGCAGCACCGUCGGAGGGACUUGGUCACCUGAGAUGAGCUACCACGCCCUGGCAUUGCACAGCCCGCGCUGGAUCAACUGCCUCACCGCGAACAACGAGUUCUUCCCCUUCAAGCGCAUGGACCGAGAGAGCUUGGACACCAAAGCAGAUGCCAAGGAAAUGCACGAACUCCUCAACGACUUUGUGGACAAGCAAGGCUUGAAGUCAAAGAUCCACUGCAAAUCGCUGGUCACAGAAAUCUCCUACCACACCAAGUCAGAUGAAGCUUUCCUCAAGGUGACAUCCGACGGAAAAGAGGUGGAGAAAGGACCCUACAAGCUGGUGGUCUUCGCGUCUCUAGCGACCAAGCCUGCUAUGCCGGAUAUCGCGAAUCAUGGGUUUGAGGGCAAGGUCAUCCACAGCAGCGCCUUCAAAGACCCUGUCAUGCAGGAGAUCCUGGCAAAGAAGCAGCGGGUGCUGGUCUUGGGCGGCGGGAAGUCGGGCUGUGACAUGAUCUGCACCUUCCAAAAGCAGUGCUACGAGAACGUGACCUGGCUUUUCCGGGCGCCCUACUGGUUCUUGAAAAUGGAGGCGGCCUUUCAUCGCCGGACCCUGUUUUCGAGACUCCGAAGCUUCGUGGCAGUGCUCCUGCACCUGCUGUUCCUGAUCUCGGACCAACUGGCUCUCUUCAGCCUUUGGCUGAUCGGCUUCCUGGCAAUGCCCAUGUCCAAGGGCGCAUUUCCCAGCCACUUUGACGGGCGGCGCUUUCACCAGGGCGUGCUGGACGAGCGUCAAGUUGACUUCAUUCAAAGAGUUGACCCCAAGGUGGGAGAGAUCAACUGUCUCGGCAAGAAGGGCAUGAUCCUUGAAAGUGGCGAGGUCAUUCCCUGCGACGUGGUGAUUUGUGCCACUGGAUACGAGACUGGGUUUGACCAACUUCGGCUGCUCAAGGAUGGGGUUCCCGUGGAUGUCCGCAACUCCCCGCUGUAUCACCACGCCAUCAUCCCGAGCUUCCCUUGCCUCCUGAGCGCCACUACGGCCUUCUAUCAUUUCGGCCCGAUCCGGGGGCUGACCUUGGCGCAGUACAUCUCCUACUAUCUGAACGAGCGACCAAGUGCUGAGAUCAUGCUCCCGUCUGCGCAGCGGAAUUGGUGCCGACAAAGCCCCAGCAGGUGCUUCCUCUUCGGAAGCGACCAGAUCUUCAUCCGGGAGUUCUUGCUGAUGAUGCUGGACUUUGUCCGGGGCGGGAUCCUGCCGCUGAGCCUUGGCUUUGAAGAGGACAACAUUGGUGUGGUGGGUUCUGGAGCUGUACGUGGGUGGACAAACCAUUUGGACAUAGAGAGCGUGGAGGCGCUCAUCGACGCGCUGAAGAGGUUUCAAGGCGGCCUGGUGCUCGUUUCCCACGAUGCCAGGCUGAUCAAGGCCUCCGGCUGCGACCUUUGGGCUUGCAGCAAGGGCGAGGCGAUCGCCAAGGUUAGCAGCUUCGAGGAAUACAAAAGGCAAGUGCUGGCCGAGCUGCGGCGUCGACAGGCGGCGGCCGAGCAGGAGGCGGCCCGGAGGGCCAAGGAGCGGCAGCGCCGCAGAGCCGCGGGCCAAGCCUUCCCAGACUUGCCCUUGGACGAUGCCAUCGCCAUCUUGAAGAGGCGCCAGGUGGGCUACCAGUCCACUCCAAACCUGCCUCCUGCAAAGGAGCCUGAGAAGGACUUGGCGCUGUCCACAGCCUCGUUGGCCACCACCGCCACCAGCUCGCCGCGGACCUUGAGGCUGCCGAGAAAGUUGCAGGCGUCGGCGAACUGGAGCGCGUCCACCACGCUGAGCAUUCCGCAGAUUGCAGUGCAGCACGUCAAGCAGCAGCGUGCCCACAUACCCAAGGAUCCCAAGGAUCCGAAGGUGCAGAAGGCGGCCAAGCUGCCCAAGCUGCUGGCCAAGCCGCGCACCCGCGAGUCGUUUGGGCCGCUGCCGCAGGGCUGGCGCCCCUCCUCGCGAGGGCAGACGGUGUCGCGGCAAGCCGCCGCCGCGUUCUGGGGCAUCACCCUGGAGGAUGACGGCGACAUGGGCAACGAGGAGGACUAUUCCUCCAGCACCCAAAAGCACCAGAAGCCGCAGAAAGAUUUCCCCUACGCAGCCUUGCAUGCUGCAACCUCAGUGCCCUUGGGCGAUCUGAAGGAGGCCUGCGCCGUGUUCGAGCGCUUUGCUCAGAGCGAUUCUGAGGAUCUGCUCGAGUCAACCAUGGACAUGCGUGACUUCGAGAAGCUUCUUUGCAACGUGUGCAACGUGCAGCAUGUCAGUGAGUUGGCGCCGGAGUUUGUGAAGUCGGCCUUUCACACAGCGGACCGGGACCACACGGGAGACAUCGACAUUUGGGAGUUCGUUACCUGGUACUCGGCCUUCAGCUUCUCGGAGGCGGUGUGCGUGAACAAGGUGGCGCGCUCCACCCGGAACGUGGCGCGGAAGCACGGGAUGAGCAUCCUGAACAUCGAGCGCUACAAGCGAGCCUUUGAUAGAUACGACCUGAACAACAACAACGUCAUUGAGAUUCACGAAUUCAAGAGCAUCAUCGGAGAUUUGCUGAAGAUCCCCCCGGGCCUCGACUUGCCCAACGAGCGCGUGAUGCAGCUUUGGCGCAACGCUGACAAGGAUGGCAAUGGCUCCAUAGAUUUCGACGAGUUCGUAGCGUUUUACGUCAAGGUCUUCGGGGAUACCUUCGAGACGGACUUUGACCCAGUCACAGACUACUAUCGGCUGGGACGUACCUCGCGCAUGGCCAUCGAUUGCUCGGAGGUCGGAGCUGUGGAGAAAUCGGAUCGCGAGUCGGUUCUGUGGACCUCGAACCUGCUCCCCGCGCCAAGCCCGCCGCCGGCGAAAUUUUCCCCGCAGCCGCGCUUUUGGCGCCCCGGCGGCCGGGAGGUGUGGGCAAGGGAGAUACCGAUGCAGGCGCCCACCCACGUGGACGCCCGAGGGCCUGCCUUAGCCCUGGUGGUGGCGCUCUCCGUGGGCGCCUACUCCGCGGUGAGUGCUCCGGCCAAAGCGGGCGCUGCAUUUCCCUGGACGCUGAAUCCCACUGGUCUGCUGAAUGACCUUACCACGUACGUGGGGCUCUAUGCCGUUACCAUUCCAGCCAAGGAGCUGCUGAACAUUGUGCUGAAGUUUUUGGGUGGCCGAGUCGUUGGCUACACCCGGAUGGAUGAGGGCGACCAAAAAGUGCCCAAGCUUGAGGUGUUGGAGUUCCAUGACUUGUGCUACUUGGCCCUGAACACCCUCGUGGAGUUUCUCGGCAUGAACCACAUUAUGUCAUUCCUGCUCGGCGCUGCCGUGGAAUACCAGAGCAGGAAUUUCAACAUCUUCAAUGGGCCACUGGCCUUCAUCGCAGCCUUUGUUCUGAAUGACGUCAUCUACUACCCCUUCCACCUUGUCGCGCACAGGCGCAUUUUCUACCCGUACUGCCACAAGCAGCACCAUCGACAGUUCGUGCCCUUCCGGGGCUACGCGGAUGCCGCCAACCAGCACCCACUGGAGCAGAUGUAUGGCUUCUGCAUUUGGAUCGGCAGCCUCUGGAUCAUCUCGAAGCUCAUGGGCCUGCACGCCGCCACAGCCUGGCUGGGAACGCUGGCCUGGGCGAUCUUGAACAUCUGCAACCACCUUCCCUAUGACACGGCUCUGCACUUGCCCCUACCGUACCCUGCACUGCCCAAGGACCACAACACGCACCACCGCUUUCCCAACACAAACUUCGCCACCCUCAGCACGAUGACGGACCGUAUGUUCGGCACCUUCCGGCCGUACCGGCCGGCAGGCAUGAACAAUGGGAGCCAGGCAGAGGAGGAGAAAGUUGCAACUCUCAGAGAGGCCGUGCCUUCGCAGUGGUCUGUCUUGAGCAUGGGCGUGAUGCUCUUCUUUUCCCUUUUGGCCGUGGAGGCGGUGCAGCUUGGCGGUGCACUGCCUUCCUUGCGCUCCAUGCUGGUGUUCACCAACUCCAUGAUCCUUCUUUUGAACCUGGGCCUGGCGUGCUGGGCACUGCGUCAAGGCUCAGAGAAGCUCACCAAGAAAGCUUGAGUUUUCGAGGCCAAAGUCCUGUGGUAUUCGCAGAGCCAAUGGCAGCUGCAGACGUGGUGCGAUGGCAAAGCAGCUCAAAGCGAUGUUUUGUGGCA